GAUCGAGCUGUCUGUUACACCACAAAAGGUCCCUGACGAUCGACCCACGCACCCAGCAUUGGGCACCACAAUCGCGACCGCCACAACUCUCACCACCCUCGGCAGUCCACAGCUUCCCAAUGGCUGGAACACCCUCAGGCCGUCACCACAAGCCUCGACGCAAGGUCAAGAACGGCGAGGGAAAAGGCUUCCAGCUCUCAAAGGCCGAGACUCUGGUUAGGACGCCGUCCUUCCCACUAUCAGCCUUUCUCUGGCCAGCAAGAGCCUCGGUAUCACAAUGGGAGGUACUGCCGCUUAUCCUCAUGGUAGUUGGCCUGUUCAGAUGGGCAGCCGGUCUCUGGGGUUAUUCUGGAUUUGAGAAACCCCCAAUGUUCGGUGACUACGAGGCCCAGAGACACUGGAUGGAAAUCACAACACAGUUGCCCAUCUCGUCAUGGUACUUCUACGACCUCCAAUGGUGGGGCCUCGACUACCCGCCCUUGACGGCAUACCACAGCUGGUUGUGCGGCAAGAUUGGCACCCUCAUCAACCCGUCUUGGUUUUCGCUCUACACCUCCCGAGGGAUCCACGAUCCAAAUCUGAAGAUCUUCAUGCGGGCUACUGUCAUCGUGUCCGAAUACCUCAUCUUCGUCCCUGCCGUGGUCAUGUUCGUGAGGAGGUACGGCAGGCUCCAGGGUGUGUCCAACUGGACAAUCUCCGUUGCCCUGGUCGCUGUGCUCAUGCAGCCUGGCACCAUACUCAUCGACCACAUCCAUUUCCAGUAUAACACGGUCAUGCUGGGUUUCGUCAUAGCGAGCAUGUCCUCCAUGCUUGCUGGCCGCUACUUUUGGUCAUCCGUGUUCUUCGUGGCCGCAUUAGGUUUCAAGCAAAUGGCCCUCUACUAUGCCCUACCGGUCUUCUUCUUCCUUCUGGGAAGUUGUCUCUUCCCUGAGAUCAAGAUCACUCGUCUCCUGGCCAUAGCCCUCGGCACGGUCGUCUCAUUUGCCCUCCUGCUCCUCCCACUGGUUGCCGGCGCACUGUAUGAUAAGAGCCAGGGCGCCUCUCCCACAGCCGAGCAUCUAGGACCUGACGCCCGCCUCCCAAUAUUCGAAUGGAUAGAGGACUACAUCGACUCCAACGUCUUCUACUGGCCUGUGAUCGAGCAACUUGUCCAGAUGAUACACCGCGUCUUCCCGUUUGCCAGGGGGCUGUUCGAGGACAAGGUCGCAAACUUCUGGUGCGCUCUGAACGUGGUCAUCAAACUGCGCCAGUAUCCAUCGGAGCUCUUGCAGAAGGCGUCCUUGGCAAUGACCCUUGCCUUCAGUCUGAUCCCUUGCCUGAUUCUGUUCUUCAAGCCCAAGAAGGAGCUGUUGCCGCUGGGGUUCGCGGCUACAGCCUGGGCCUUCUUUUUGUUCAGCUUCCAGGUCCACGAAAAAAGUGUUCUCCUCCCGCUGAUGCCCAUGACUCUGCUCUUGGCCGGUAACAACGGUCUUGGGAAGGAUAUCCGGGCAUGGGUUGGAUUUGCGAACAUUCUCGGGGCCUGGACCAUGUUCCCGCUGCUACAGCGGGUAGACCUGCGCAUACCAUACGCCGUGAUCACCGGGCUGUGGGCCUAUCUCCUCGGUUUGCCGCCAACAUCUCUGAGUGCUUACUUCGAGGGCAGCAGCGGCGCUCUGACACAAUGGGCCACUUUCCUGCUGCAUGGCGGCUUCUAUCUCGCCUUGGCAGCUUGGCAUGUCCUUGAGAGUUUUGUCGCCCCACCGGAGGACAAGCCGGAUCUGUGGACCGUACUCAACGUUGGCAUCGGCGCGGCAGGUUUCGGUCUCUGCUAUCUCUGGUGCCUUUACCGGUUGGUUGUGGAAGCCCAGAUCCUACCCAGAAAAUCCGUUUCCAUACAAAAGAAAACGCAAUAAUGUGCGCAAGCAGGCGCACGCCGAGCCGAGUGCGAUAUUCCAGGACGGCAAAGCUCUAUUUCAGGUCUCAUAUAAAAUGUGGGCGGCAGGGUGUUUAUUACAAAGCAUAGCACGGUGGCAUUAUACCAGACUUGUUUUUCAUUUUGUUCUCAUCUUUCUAGAUAUAGUUGCUGUACUAUAUGUGUUUGCACUACAGAUCUCGUUUCUCGGGGUCCGAGUCCAAGUUGAGAAAAGUCGAUACCCAGAUAGUAACACACGGAUGGCAAUUCCCAUGGCUUCACGACACAGAUGGCCACCGCUCAGCAUGACAUGACGGCGUCGGCACGAUAGCCUUGUCCACAUUGCAUGCAUGCCGCAUGCAGCACGCGAGCGGACUGGGAUCAAGAUGAUGGUGCACAACGUGCUUACGCCACGCAGCGCCACGCACUGGCGGACUAGCAGGACCGACUGGGCUGCCCAGCACGGCACGCAGGCCUGGACCACAUGAGCACGCCCUACGGGC